UUAAUGAUGGAUGAUUUUAGAAAAUCUCAAACAGAAAAUAUUGAACAGUUGAAGAAAAAUCAACAGGAAUUCUUUAACUAUUAUUUUGACAAGGAAGAUGAAAUCAGUUCGCACUGUUCGUCUCAUUACGACGAGCAAGAUGAAAGCGACGAAGAAAAUGUAAAUAAUACUGAAGUAGUUGACGGCACAACGGCAUUGCAACAAUUACUUGUUUCUGGUAGUGGGAAGAAAGAGCCCCCCAGGUCACAUUCUGGUCAAAGCGAACAAGAAGUUUCAAAUCCCGUUUGUUUAACGAACUAUUUUUCUCAAUAUAAUAAUAUUGAUGAAGUAUGUGGGCCUAAUAUUGAAGCCAGUCUGGCAGAAGCGGUAAAUAACAUGAUCAAACAUGGGUUGUCCGAAGAAAAGACGAAUGAAUUACUCAACCGCUAUACACGCCCACAAAAUUGUCAAAAUUUGACUCAAACUAAAGUUAAUCCGCCAAUUUGGGAGUCGCUGAGCGGGGAAACACGCUCAACCGACAUUAAACUUCAAAAAAUUCAGAACAUCAUUAUGAAGGCGUUUAUCCCGCUUACAAAGUUGGCAGAGUUACUUAUGACGUCUACAGGGGGCGCUACGGCCAUUGACACUGUCAAUGUAAACAAACAUGGACACCAAUUCCUCACCGAUUCCAUGGCACUUUUGGCUGCAGUUAAUGCAGAAGUAAAUGGCAGACGCCGAGUUCUGAUGAAAACAGACGUUAACACUAAUUACCGUUCAUUAUGUACAAUUAAAGGACCGAACGGUGCCUUGCUGUUUGGUGCUGAUUUAACUGAUCGACUACGAGAGAUUUCUGAAACCAACAGGGUUGUACAGAAAGUGAAUCGAGAUCGUUCAAGUUACAGCAGGGAAUCCACAAGAUAUAGCCCCUACAAUAAAAUGGAAGCCAAGAAUAGAAGAUACGCUUAUAAAUCAAAUAGCAGAAACUAUGGAAGGCCAGGUGGAAAUCGUUUUUUAGACAAACGAAGUGUGCCGCCACCAAAACGAAGAAAAAUACAUGUACCGGGUCUGAACAAACCCAAAGUCUAAGUACCAGUGAGCAUGAUUUAUUGUCUGAUAACACAGAGGUAGUGUUGUAUCCAAGGUCUUGAAAAAGAUAAAAAUAGAAGAGAUAUCUCACAUAAUCUUGAUCCUCCCAAUGUGGCCUACUCAACCCUGGUUUUCAACAAUGUUGAAGAUGUUAAUCGAUUCUCCAAGGGAAGUCAAGUUAAACAAGUCAACUUUGUUCCUACCCUUCAACCCACAGGUGGAACACAAAUUAUGGAGGAAGUUAAUUCUUCUAGUCUGUCCAUUGUCCGGAAUAACCUUGCGAUGCAAGGAGUAUCGAAAGCAGCUCAAGACAUUAUCUGUAAAUCAUGGCGAUUGGGAACCUCAAAACAAUAUGAUACCUACCUCAAGAGAUGGGAACAGUUUUGUUGUAGAAGAAAAGUUGAUACAGUGUUUGCCUUUGUGACUGACAUAUUAGAUUUUCUUGUGGAAUUAUUUAACAUGGGUUUAAAAUAUAGUGCCUUAAAUACGGCCAGAUCUGCAUUGUCUUCGACUAUUGUUCUUCAUGACAGUGUAUUCUCAGUUGGACAGCACCCUUUAGUGUCUCGUUUUUUAAAAGGUGUGUUUGAACAGCGCCCAGCUUUACCACGAUAUAAUCAUGUGUGGAAUGUGGAAACUGUGUUGAAUUUUUUAGAAAAACUUUCACCUCUUGUUUCUUUGACUUUAUCACAGUUAACUAUUAAAUUAGUAACUUUACUUUGUCUUUUGUCUGGACAAAGAUGUCAAUCUUUGCAUUCUUUAAAUAUGAAUGAUUUUAUAUGGGAGCCAGAGGGAGUAACUAUACCAAUUACCUCUGUUAUAAAACAGUCAAAGCCUAAUAGGGCACAGCCAGUCCUUGUCUUACCUUUAUAUUCAAAUGAAAAUCUUUGUGUAGUUAGAACACUAAAUGAAUACAUUUCACGCACAACUAAUUUAAGGGGUAAUAUUUGUAACCUUUUUAUUACAACAGUUAAACCAUAUUCUAUUGCGUCUAAAUCCACAAUAGCACGAUGGGUAAAAUCUACACUCAGACAGGCAGGCAUUAACACUAAGGUUUUUAGUGCACACAGUACUAGGGCAGCAUCCACUAGUGCAGCUAGUAGAAACAUAUCUUUAACAGCUUUAUUGAAAGUGGCAGGUUGGGCAUCUUGUAGGACGUUUCAGAAGUUUUAUGAUUUGCCUGUAGAUACUGUAAAUGACACAGUAGCUCACAAUGCAGAUUUUGCAUUGUCUGUUUUGUCUAGUCAUAAGGAUUAGAUUUAUGUUGCAGGCUGGAGUGAUAACUUUGAUGUUAUAACUAUGUAUAAUAAGUAUUGUUUAUUAUGUUUAGAUUUUUUGAAUUGGCCAAGAGUUGGUGUUUUACUGGGGUUACAGUACCGGUAUAAGAGCUGAGAAGCUUGUUCUUUUGUUUUGCUUACAUUGCAUCCUUUAUAAUAAACAUCAUUUAUUACUUUA